AUGCGUCGAAUCGGUUGGAUUUUCUACUUUCCGAUAUUAAUUCUUUCCGUUCAACCAUGCACGAAUAUUGAUCAUUUGAAAAUUGAUGAAAGCGAGGUGCUUUUUACUGGUCGAAUCCUUUCACUUCAUCAAUGGUCAACGGAUUAUCCGUACUCAGCAUUUGUUUGGGUUUUCCGUAUACUUCGCGGUACCUCUGUUCUACUCGCACAUUAUCAAACAAGAGAACUCGAACGACCAUUAUACAUAAUCAUUGAUAAUUUGACGAUCUGCGAACAACUAUCGGCAUUAACAUAUUAUGAUAUGAAAAUAUUUGGAGUUCGUAUUAAUAAUGCACGGUUUCAAUCAUUGUUUAGACCAUUACCAGUGACUCUAACCAAUAUGAAGGCAAUCGAGGGUAAAAUGAGUUAUUUAAUUUAUUCCGAUAAUUUUUGUUUGCGAGAUUUCUGUCUGGCAAAGAAAGAUUAA